AUCACUGAACAAAGAAACUCACCUUAAAACCUAAAACGUGUCAUUGAUAAAUCAAAGCAAACAGUUUUAGAUUACUUAAUGCUUCCACCAAAGACAUGGAAAGUGAGAGAUUACGCUCCUACAAUUGUUUAGGAUUAUCCCAGACAGUUCACCUUGAAUUACUACCACAAAGAGAUGAUAUAAAAUGUUUAGUCAGAUUUUCUUGCGAUUAUUCUUCCAUUCGGCUAGUUUUAGAGACAGGUGCAGGUCGAGCAAACAAUGGAAUUUACUUUAGCUACCAUAAAGACGUUGCUGGUGUUCAUUGCCGUUAUUGCCUUAUCGCUAGCAGCCCCUGCGCCCGUACCUGGUGGUUGGCGUCACCGUGGAUACGGAGGAUAUGGACAUGGACAUGGUGGUAGCGUAAUAAUAAUCAAAAAGGUAGGCUACGGCGGGUACGGAGGAUACGGUCAUAAACACCACGGUUAUGGCGGUGGGCAUGGCGGUGGUUAUGGAGGCGGCUACGGCGGCGGUUAUGGAGGCGGUUAUGGAGGCGGCUAUGGCGGUGGCUAUGGAGGAGGUUAUGGAGGAGGCUUCGGCGGUGGAUUUGGUGGAGGAUUUGGCUUCGGCGGCGGAUAUGGGGGCGGAUAUGGAAGAUAAAAGUGAACUCUAGUGCGUGUUUUUUUAACGAGGCCAGUAAGUCGCUGAUGAAGUGGAUCGCUUGUGCAAUUUAUCAUGUUCAACAAUCACCUUUUUUAAUAAAUUUUUUUACUAGA